GCUUUCUCCUUGAAGCUCUCACCUCAUUAUCACUCCAUCCACGUGUCCCAUGUACCCGCACCUCUGACCGCGUCUUUCAUGCCUGCCUCACCAGCGGGCGCUACUACAGCAGCUGCGGAGGUCUUGGCACAGCAGUUCACGGAGCUUGUUGCGCAAUCGCACAAAGCCGGCGGAGCUGCACAGGGAAAGUUUCAGCACAGUAGAAAUGCGCCUGUUCGUGCGAGAAAGGUCGGAGGCGGGUUUCCAGUCCAAUUCUCCGUGAACCGAAAACGUCAUGUUUUGACUCUUUUGAGUAGCUUAUGAGCGAAAUCGGCUGCUGUCGCACCUUCGGGUUUGGAGUGCCAUUCGGUGUCGAUCCGGCGAUGUACCUCAUUGUGAUGCCGAGCGCCGCGCCCGAUGGAGAGAGAGAGGCACCACCGGCAAAACCGUCACAUACACAAGCACGUUGCUGCAGGCUAGCAGGAAGAAAAGUACUUCUCUUUCUAAGGGAUCACAGCACGCAUUCGAUCUUUGUGCAGGAAGACGGCGGCAGAUAGAGUUCUGCAGAUUACUCUUCUUCUUUCAGGCUUGAAAACGCUAGCGUGUAUUGCGGGCUUGUCUUUGCUCAUUGUUUUCUGCUCAUUUGGCCUUCUUUUCUAGUUCUAUGAGGACCACUUCAAGUGCCUUCGUGGUAUACCGACCGACGUCUGUCUUGCUCUCUGCUAUUCAACAAUAAUCGAAAGAAAAACCAUAGAAUAUGUUGCACGGCACGGGCUUCGAACGACCUGCAUUGCGAACAGACGGAGCGGUCCUACGUGCGUCGUGUAGCGCUCUGGGAAUCUUUAUGCAUAAAGCAUCGGAUGUUGUGACUGCUCUAGUUGAUGUAGGGCUCUGCUCUUGUACUUUCUCCUCUGUCUACAUCUUUUCUUUUUUUUCUCUCCGCAUCCCGCUUGAAGAACUCAACGUGUGAUUGAACUCCGCGACGCUGCAAACAUCUCCUGACGCUCUUGAUCGCUGCUCAAAAGAUGCAGCUGCAGAAUCUUGAGCUACUCAGUAAAGUGCACCGCGAUGACGGGCAUCGCCGGUACUGCUGUCGCGCCACGGACGCGUGGUACCACUGCGUACACGGCAUUGCAGCCGCUUGGUCGGACGCACAGGGCGUAGAAGCAGAUGCCGCCUUUCAGCAAAUGAUGACAGCUGAGGCAGCCCCCGUUGAAACUCCCGCCGCAUCGACGACGACGGCGGCAGACGCGCUUCGCCGAGUUCUGAAAGUGGCCGACGUAACGUCCACCACCAACUCCAGGGAGUUCCCCGGCCCGAUGUGCAGCCCGCUGUGCAAAAGGGACAUCCCCCAAAUUCGCCAGCACACCUACACCGUCACAGAGAAGAGCGACGGCGUUCGCGUCGUGGUGGUGGCGCUGUGGGUGGCCGAUUUCCCGCAGUGGGCGUGUGCGAAAGGGGCGUGGAAUGUCUCGCACCUUUCCUCGGUGAUGGCACUGGAGAAGGCGCGACGGGACGUGCGGGCCGGGAUGCACGACACGGAGACGCCGUCGUCGUCAGGGGUCAGCGUGAUGCUGCAGGGGCGCCGAGUCACACUGCAGUCGGCAACCACCUCCGUCGAGGCGAGCGAGCCAGCGGAGACGUACACCAUCGUCGCCGAAGGUGAGGCUUUCGCGGCGCGGCGUCGCUGCGGCGGGCGCCACUUCGCCUACGCGGUUGAUCGCUCGAUGGACGCCGCGUACCUAUUCCUAGACGAUCACACAAGCGCCCAAUACCGCAACUUUGUCUUGGACGGCGAGCUGAUGUGUGUGCGUGGUUCAACCCUCGCGAAGAAAGAGGAGGGCGGUGAUUCCUCUGCUGCGGGUGCGACGGGGGCGCGUUUGCUGUUGGGCGCGUUCGAUCUUUUCUGCUUUACCCCCGCAGGCGAAGAAGAAGCGGCGAAGCUGGUGGACGCCACCAUGAUGGAGCGCUACGAGCUUCUGCAGAAGUUAAUCGCCACCUGCGCCGCCUCCCCUUCACUCAACGAGGAGCACGGCGGCUUCCUAGAAGGGCAUGUGACGUGGUACGCAAAAACCAUGUGGCGUGUCGCGGACAUCGGGGCCUGUCUGUCGAGGCUCCGCUACAGCAGCGAGCACCACUGCUUUCUCUUUGACGGGCCGCACGGGCCGACGGAGAAUGACGGACUUAUUUUUACCCCUGACCUGUUUCCCAUAUCAGUCGGCUCCAGCAGCGUGCAGCUCAAGUGGAAGUGGCGUCACCUCCUCUCCAUCGACUGGCUGUUGCUGGCCUCGGAUAAGCAGGCCGACGUCUACACGGUGUCGCUCUUCUUUAUGAAGAAGAAUUAUGGCCACAGGGAAGACGUGAUUGGGCACUGGCGCCUGCGCAGGCCCAUGUACAUCCGAAACCCACGCGGUUUCGAGAUGCCGGUCGACGCGGCGGUCGUGGCGGAGUGCGCGUACGACUUUGCGCAUCAGCAGUGGUACAUCCAACGCCUGCGACCCGACAAGCGAGGCGCCAACUCGAUCGUGACGGCCAUUUCGGUUUACGAAAGCCUCGUUGAAAACGUCUCCCUGCCGAAGCUGCUGCGUCUGCUUCAGGGGGAGGCGGACGAUGACGCAGAAGAGAAGGGCGACGCAGCACGCGUGGCGGUGGCGCUCGAAGACGCCGUACUCGCGGACGUAAGCGCAGUGACGCCGUCGUCCAACUCUGUCACCGCUGCGGGUCCACCGAUCGUUGACCUGGCGCAGGCGGAGAAGUGUGUGACGGCCGCCGUGACGCUGCGCGCCAUUCGUGAGAGCCGCGGAAACACAGAAAUCUACCUCAACGCCUUCACCAACAACACGAACAAAGCUGUCAAGUUUCCGCUGCCCUUCCCGCUGCGGAGGAUCAGCGACUGUGUGGGCCUCGGCUACGACCCGGCCACCGCUGCCGCCUCUGUGCCGUCACUGGCGGAGGCGCUUUACAUUCAGCUGGGCAACGCCGGGGGGUGCUACGCGUGGUCGGACUUCGUGGUGGACGCCUUUUACAACGGUGAGACGGGCUACUGGGAGCUGAUCCACCUCAACCCACGCGGCAACAACAAGGAUGCUCUCUUCGACAACGUCAUUGAGCAUCUCGACUGGCUGCUGCAUCACGGCGACAGUGCGGCGUUGGCACCGCUGCUGCAGCGCAGACGCGACAAACCGCUCGUGGUAGCCGCAGUGCCCACGUCCGAGGCGACGCAGCAGACAAGCCGCCACUACGGCGCGGUGGCGAAGGAGCUGGCCCACGCCGAGCGCAGCGACCUGCGCCGCUUCAACAACUGGGUGAAGUCGCUGCUCAUCACCGCCGGCGCUGCGGCGGUGCGGACGACGCUGAAGGACCCGGCAAAGCUGCACGCCCUGGACCUCUGCUGCGGCCGCGGCGGGGAUCUCUUGAAGUGGCAGCACCUCCACCCCGCCUUCGUCUUCAUGACAGACGCCUCGGUGGAGUGUGUGGCCGAGGCCGCCGCGCGCUACAGCACCUCGGAAGGGCAGAGCAUAAAGUCGAGUAAUGCGCAGCGACGAGGCUUCCCGGCGUUCUUCGCCGUGCACGACGCCUUCGACGCCACCUCCGGCCUCCGCGGCGACCUCCUCAAGCGCGGCCCCUUUCAGCUCACCUCCUGCCAAUUCUCCAUGCACUACGGCUGCCGCUCGGCGGAGGGCAUUCGGUACUUCGUGCGCGCCGUGGCGGACUCCCUCGUCGCGCGCGGCCGCUUCGUGGGCACCACCGUAAGCGAUGCAGAACUGCUGGCACGUGCGAGGACGCACGGCGCCUCCUACGGCAACGACGUUUACCGCGUUCACUUCCCCGCGGAGGCCUUCGCGCAGGUGCAGGCGGCCGACUUCGAGCCGUCGCGGCUGACUUUUGGGGUGCCGUACUCGACCACGGUGGAGCGCAGUGUGCAGGACGUGGUCGAGUACGUGGUGCCGUGGAAAUCGUUUGUGGAGCUGUGCGCGGCGCACCACCUUCAGCUCGUCCAGGAGGACAACUUCAUGCAUUUUUACGAGCAGCACAAGGAGACGCCGGAGGGCAAAGUGCUGUUAGCGGAGAUGCGUCGCAAGCGCGGACACGACGGCGAGGCGACGGCGAUCCCCCUUUCGUCGGAGGAGGUGGAAGCUGUGCAGCUGUACCGCCUGUUUGUGUUCGAAAAGACGGCGUGA